AUGGCAUACGAAGCAGGCUCGGGUACCUCUGCCGUGGCAGAUCAAUUCGUCAAACCAGACUUGAGCCGGGUGUUGUCAGUCCACGACUUCGAGGCCAUUGCGGCCAAAACACUCAAUCCCAAAGCCUGGGCUUUUAUAUCGUCGGCGGCCACUGAUCUCUACACCAAGACUCGCAAUGCCUCCACCUACUGCAAAAUCACGCUCCGCCCGCGGAUCCUUCGCGAUGUCUCAAGCGUUGAUUUGAGCACACAACUGCUUGGACAUAAGCUCAGGGUGCCCAUUUUUGCGAGCCCCACGGCUAUGGCUGCAGUGGUGCACCCAGAAGGCGAAAAGGCUGUCGGUCGCGCUGUCAAGGCCUCUGGAAUGGCGCAUUGCAUCUCCAUGAGUGCGUCCUUCCCGCUCAAAGACAUUGUAGAAGACAUCCACAGCCAUUCCGUCGCCGUGCCUCAUGACACUCCAAUUUUUCUCCAGUUCUACGUCAACAAGGACCGCGUGCUGUCCGAAGCGCUCCUGAAACAGGCCAAAGAAUUUGGCGCGACUGCCGUAUUCUUGACGGUAGAUGCGGCCAGCACAGGGAAAAGAGAAGCCGACGAGCGCGUUCGGAUAUCAGAGAAGCUUGCCUCGCCGGCAUCAGGUGUGACCGCCACGAACGACUCCAAAGGCGGUGGUCUGGGUCGCUCGCUUGGUAGCUUCAUAGACAACUCUGUGACCUGGGAUGACAUCAAGUGGAUAAGACAGCACGCGCCCGGUUUGAAACUAGUUCUGAAGGGCAUUCAAACUGCCGAGGACGCCGUCAUGGCGAUGGACGCUGGUGUCGACGGCAUCCUCAUCUCAAACCACGGGGGGCGCACGCUGGAUACCGCUCCAGCAUCCAUCCUUGUGCUGCUUGAGCUGCACAGACACUGCCCCCAGAUCUUCGAGAGACUGGACGUCAUGGUGGACGGUGGCAUUACGCGGGGCACCGACAUUUUCAAAGCGCUCUGUCUGGGGGCAAAGGCUGUAGGGCUCGGACGUUCCACGCUGUACGGCCUGAACUACGGGUAUGAGGGCGUCGUAAAAUUAUUGGAGAUUCUGCGCGAUGAGCUGGAGGCCACAAUGAAGAUUUGCGGCGUGACUACAGUAGACCAGCUGCAUGCUGGAUACCUGAACACUCUCGAAGUGGACCAUGCAAUCAGCACGGCAUUUCCUCGUCUUGGUAGUCUCGACCUCAACAUCCACGACCUUUCGCAUUACUAG